UCAUCGCCUGUCGCUGAAGCAGCCAAGUCCAGCCCCGCUGCGGAUGCAGACACCCCAGCUAUCUCUCCCAAGAGUGUUAGCACCACAAGCGCAGCCAUCAACAGCGGUAAAGUCACCAGCUACGGAGGCAACAUCGACGGCGGCACCUGCUUGCUCACUGGCUACACCCUCCCCAAGGGCGUCUUCGGCACCGCCCUCACCGACUCUGACUGGAACAGCGCGGGCAACUGCGGUGCCUGUAUGAGCGUUACCGGCCCCAGCGGCAAGACGAUCACAGCCAUGGUUGUCGACCAGUGCCCAGGCUGCGGCCCGCACCACCUCGACCUGUUCACCAACGCCUUUACACAGCUGGCUGAUCUCUCUCUCGGCGUCAUGGACGUCAAGUGGCAAAUCGUGCCCUGUGGCAUCACGACUCCCUUUAAGCUCAGGAACAAGUCUGGAACCAGCGCCCACUGGUUCUCGAUGCAGGUCAUCAACUCCAACGUGGCCGUCAAGACGCUCGAAGUCUCGACCGACGGCGGCAAGACAUGGAUGGGCACCGUCAGGCAGCCGUACAACUUCUUUGAGAAGUCCACUGGCUUUGGCACCGACAAAGUUGACGUUAAGGUCACCAGCACCAGCGGCCAGUCCAUCAUUGUCAAGGAUGUCAGCGUUGCUGCUGGCACGACCAAAGAUGCCACUAGCAAC